AUGAGGAGGGUUGCGGCAAGCCAAAGCGUUGUGGCCAUCGCUGGUGGAUCUGGUGCUGGCUGGCUUUUGCCGCUAAUUGAAGCGUUCCUGCGGCAGGAUGAGCAACAGGCUGCAGUACGCCCAACAGACCCGUAUCGCGACGGCGACGGAGAUAUCAACAGGAAAGCUGCUAUGAGAGUGAUACUAGCGACAAGAGAUUCGCUGACCAGGAAUUGGUUCGAGCAGGCCGUCUUGGAGCUAGUAGCGAACAAGCUGAGCGGAUGUCGCUGUGAUGAAUUGAGCGUGGACAUCUACUACACCGGUGAGGAGGAGCUUAAUAGUGCAAUCGGAGGCCCGAGUAAAUUAGAAGAGAAGUCCAAAGUUUCGAAUGAGAGUGUUGGCUCAGGGACGAAAGCAUUGUCGACAGAUACUGCGCUCACCCCGAAGCAUGUAUCGCAACGACCGGACCUUCCAGCUAUAAUCGCCGACGCAGCAGAGUACGGAAGUGAAAGUACGUCUGUACUGGUAUGCGGCCCGCUGAGUAUGCAGAGCGAUGUGUCGAACGCUGUUGCUCAUGCGCAGAUCGGUGGCAUGAAGGAUGGGAAACGGGAUGUGUAUCUGCACAUGGAACACUUUUCGUGGGCUUAG